AUGGUUGAUUGGAUAAACUUGAAAAGCAACAAUGGCAGAUCUCGCGAGCAUCACAGGUAUGGUAACUGCCGAGGACGUACCGAUUGCGAUAGAAUAUCGGAGUCGUCGGACUUUUUCUGGCGUCGUUUCAGCCUGCGUAUGCUCUAUUUGUCUUGUCAUUAUUAUAGUGUUUUCCACGGUUCAGAGAUUUGCUGGCCACAGUCCUGUAGUUUGGGGUUUAGAAGCCAUCUUAACAACAAUAGGUGGCAUCUUCACCUAUGCUCUAUGGGUAAUAAUUCAUAAACAUGGCGAACAAAAUAUUCAAAAAAACACUGAAGAUGUGACAAUUCGAAUGAAAAUAAUAUUCCUGUGGCUUUUUGGAAUCGUAAACAUCCUCAAUUCUGCCAUUAACAUGGCAAUAAAUUGUGAUUGCAUAGCAAAAGAUGGAAAAGAGCAGUUCCCAGGAGAUCAGGAAGUCAGUAUUGCAACACAUAUUUUUGAGAUAAUAUUCAAUACAGGACAGCUUGGAUUUAUCAGCUCUUAUUCCCCGUACAGACUGAAGUCGUCAACCUUUUUAAAUUACGGGAUAUCAACUAUUAUUCUAACACAUGUUAUUCGAUGGUUUAGAACACUUUUUGCAUCACUCUUGAAUAAUAAUUUGAUUUCAAUAAAAAAUGAGUCUAAUACUUUUCGAAAUAAUUGCUUCUGGACGUCGGAGUUGUCCAGCUUUCGAAAGGAAAUAGAACCCUGGAUUGAACCAACGUUAACAGAAUAUAGCCUACUGGCAGUUUCGUUAAUGCUGCGAAUGUGGAUAUCAUCUGAGGAAAAAGCCAAAGAAACCUCUAAUUUCUCCAUUCAUAACGAGAGAACGCCUCUGCUGAACCAAGCUUCUGUUCAAAGCUUAAAUUCUUGUGUUUCAAAAGGAAUAUCAACCAACGAACACAGCCUUCAAUUUGCAUUGAAAAAUUCCUCAGUCUAUAUAUGUAUACUGGUGGGUAUCAUGCUUUGUCUUCCAAUACUGACCACCGUGAUCAUGGCUUCAGCAGUCCAGACAUACACAUAUCAUUACCAGCUUUCCACGGUCAUUGUACAGUGUGUAUUUAAGGUAGAACUAUUUACAAUCAUUCUUCUGGCUUACUUUUUCUUUUAUAAACAGUACGAGGAAGAGAUGAAUGCGGACAGGUUUAACAGCAGUCGCUUUAUCCUAAUUCUUUGUACUGCCGGUUCCAUUGCAUACAGCACUUUCGGAUUAAUUGCGGGAUUUAUGAAUAAACAUGCAGAAUUUCAUGCAGUUGCCUCGGCAUUAGUCGUUCAAAAGCUGUUUGAGAUAACCUGUAUCUAUCUUCAGACCGUUCUGAUUCUUCAGUCGUCUUCAUACAACACGGUUCGUCUGAAGACCUUCUCGAAAGGCAUACCGGUAUAUAAAAUAUAUUGUGUUCUGUUCAUAAUUAAUAUUACGAUGUGGCUAGUUAAUAGCUACAUGGGGAAGGAUAAUUCCAGGAUCAUGUCCGUGGAGACCAGGUUCUACGGCACUUAUUACUGGAGAGCUGUACAUGACGUCGUUUUUCCUAUUACCAUUUUCUACAGAUUCCACACUGCAAUGGACAUUUAUCAGUUAUACAGAAAGUACGAAACUUUGCACACUCUUCGUGAUAAGGAAAUCUAACAUUACGCUUGUUUCCAGAAAUUCGGCACAUACCAGAUU